GUAAACAAACUAAGGCACUAAAGUCUAUGUACCGUCCCUACAUCCAUCCAUCAAUCAAUCCAUCAUGUCAACCAAUCGAUGUGAAACAUGGCGCGAUGCAUGUAACAUCCAAAUUGAUGGCGCAAGAGCAAACUGUUCUCCAACUCCAGAACUGCCCGGCGGCUCUAUUUGCUUCUGCCCUCUCCAAUACAAUACUUUCCUCGCUGUGUUGAUGUGGUACCCUAAGGGUGGUACCUGGCUGUUCUAUAAUUAGCUCGGCGAAGUCGCGGUGGAUAGCAGAGGCCCGUGAUUCGCAGCAAACACCCAUCGUCAAUCUUCCCCGCAAACAAACAAACAUCCACAUUCGUCCUCACCUACUUGCGCUCCCAUCGUCGCCAUGGCCACACGGCAGCAGCACCACAAUGGCGCCCCAGUAUCCAUUGCCCACCAGUUUCAGCACUUCCGUCUCCUUGAGCUUCCCCCCGAAAUCGUCGACCUAGUGGAGAAUUCGAAAUCUCCUCUGUCAAUAAAGUCGCUGCCUCCCUCGUCAUCCGAUGGCCCAAACUCCCAACCCGCGUACGCUGCCUUGUGCACUCCAACCAAAGCUUUCCAACUUCGCCAGGUCCAGACAUCCAAUUCUCUCUACGUGACCCAACCUGCCUUAGAAACCCACAAUGACGCCUCGGCGUUCACCACCCGCGCCUUCGCCUCGUGUACCACUACGCUCGAACUGCACCCUCAAACCGAAGAUGCCGCCAUACACAUGAACCGCCUCGUACCGACGUACGAUAUAGUAGAUGGCGAUGUGGACACGCGCGAGAACCACAUUUCCAAGGCUCGCCUCUUCGCCGACAUACCAUUAUCAGAUGGGCAGUGUGAGGAGGCUUGGGGUGCGCUCGCGGCGUUUGAGUUGUCCGGAAGCUCAUACCAGCCCACUGCAAAUACCCUUACUCAAGUUUGGAAAGCGAUCAAUUCUGCUGCUGUGGCUGAAGGCAUCAAGAUAGAUGCUUCCUUCCUCACCAACGACCUGGCCAGCUUGGUGGCAGAGGAAGGGCACCCUGCCCCUUUGGCAGCAGCCCUAAUCCGCCAUCUCUCCACCGCUGGCUCCGACAGUGAGUGGUCAUCUCUAGAUCGGGACAAGGUGCUUUCGUUCGUUGCUACCAAGCUGCUGGAAGCGAAAAAGGAUGGGUCAGAUUACCUCACAGCCGAUUUCCUCGAUGCAUGGAAAGAUAAUCUGCCUGAACUCUGGCGAAAAGAUGCAGAACUGAACGCUAUACAAGGGAAGUAUGAGCUUCCUUCGUCCAAGACGAUCCGUGCGAAGUCCAACACAGGCGCUGUCACGAGUGCACAGCCUGACCCGGCCAAGGGAUCUGCCUCUCGCAAAUGGCAUGAAAAGUUCGCCAAAACACGCAAAAAGUGA